AUGAGGAAUAAUGCCCUGUGGCGUAUCCUGCUUCUUGCGCACGGUGUUAGCUGUGCGCCUGCUUCAGGUCUACCCGUCGUAGACCUGGGGUACGAGCUACAUCAAGCUACGUUCAACGAGUCCGGUCAAUACUACAACUUUUCGAAUGUGCGCUACGCCGCGCCCCCAGUGGGCAAGCUUCGAUUCUCUGGUCCCGUCCCUCCCAGCACCGAUGGGCCUAAAGUUUUCAACGACGGCUCUAGAGCCGUGACCUGUUUCCAGGCUCUCCCGGCCUGGACGGUGUAUUCGGCAAGUUGGAUCGCCAACGGCACUGCCGCCUUCGACAUCUCUGCCGGGUAUCAAGUGCCCCCCUUGCCACUGCCCCCACCUGUCCAACCCACCGCCAGCGAAGAUUGCCUGUUCCUUGACGUUAUGGUGCCGAAAGCUGCCUUUGACGCUGCGGGGAAAGGUCCAGGAGUGCCGGUAAUGGUGUGGAUCCACGGAGGCGGAUACACCCUCGGGUCCAAAACACUCUACAGCCCUUCUGCAGCCGGUCUUAUCGAAGCGAGUCAGGCCCACGGGGGACCAGGUAUCGUCUGGGUUGCGAUGAACUAUCGCCUUGGAAGUUUUGGAUUUCUCUCCGGGCCGACGUUUCAAGGCUCCUCUGGGACCGCCAACGCGGGCCUCUUCGACCAGCGCCUCGCGCUUGAGUGGGUGCAGCAGAACAUUGCGAAGUUUGGGGGGGAUCCAGACCGGGUUACGGUCAUCGGAGAGUCGGCCGGCGGCGGGAGCACACUGCACCAGAUCACGGCGUUCGGUGGUUCGAAAGGCAGGGUGCCUUUCCGUCGGGCCAUCGUGCAGAGCCCUGGUUUCUUGAUGACGCCCUCCGAGAAGCUACAGGAAUCCGUUUACCGGUCCUUCCUGGCCACCGCCGGAGUUUCGACGCUGGACGAAGCCCGCGAUCUGUCCGCGGAAGCACUUCAGCUCGCAAACUACAAACUCGUCGGAAGCUCAACCCCUUACGGCUCCUUCACCUUCAACCCCGUGGUUGACGGGAUUUUCGCGCCCGCUCUGCCGGGCCAGCUUCUCCUGCAAGGACGUUUCGACAGGUCACUGGAGAUCAUGGCAGGCCAUAACCUCGAAGACGGUCUUGGGUUUAUGGACCCUUUUGCCCAGAAUGAGACCGUUUUCGAAGCCGACCUGCGCUUGUACUUUCCCACCAUCUCCGAUUCCGCGGUGGAAUACAUUUCAAAGGUCCUGUACCCUCCCAUUUACGAUGGCUCCGCCGGCUACACGACACCGACUGGACGGAACGAUCUCUUGGUUACGGAGGCCUUUUUCUCGUGCAGCACAAACUAUCUGGCUCGAGCCUAUGGCAACCAGGUGUUCAAUUAUAUUUUCACGGUUCCACCGAGCCUUCACGGGGACGAUGUGGCAUAUACGUACUACAAUGGACCGAGCCCUCUUGUCAAGAAUGAUACUUUGGCCGUCAUCAUGCAGAAGUAUUUUACGAACUUUGCGAUCAAGGGCAAUCCAAAUGCCCCAGGACUUCCCCCGUUUCAACCGUACGGUCCGCGUGCGACGGUUCAGAAUUUGAAUCUGACCUUCGUCGAUCAGAUGGUUGACAAUGCAGCGAAUAAGAGGUGUUUAUGGUGGCAAAAGGGAUUAUUUGCUUGA